GUUGUGUCUCCCGUGUUGUUGCUGUGUCUCAGUUUGGUCGUGGAUCACGGAGUCAGAGGGUCUCUGGACACACUGGACACUGCAGUGCGGAGAGCGAAGAAGCUCAACUGUUUGACUCUGCUGUUCAACGACCUCAGUCUGGAGAAACAGUUCCGCUUGUCGGAGGUGACGGGUUUGCAUCACUCCAUCAGCUGCGUAGCUCUGAUCUUCGUCACUCUGUUCAUCGUCCAGAUGCUCGUCUCCGAAAGGAACUUUGAGAUGGCCGUGUCUUACGGAGUGACCUUCCCCGUCAUCGUGCUGCUUCUGUCCAUCGCUUUCACCGGAUACUUGGAGAAGUGGCGCUCCAAGAUGCCCACGGGUAUCCAGUGGAUAUCAGGGCUGUCCCGUGGCGUCUCCACCAGGGCGGCGCUGCGACUGUUCGUGGUCACUCUCUGCGUGCUCAUCAUCCUGCUCAUGGCAAUCCUCAACCUCUUCUUCCUGCCAGGAAACAACUGCACCGCUAUCACAAGCAGGGCGGAGCUGGAGGGUCUCAACCUCUACACGGUGCCCUACUACCUGUACUGCUGCCUGCUGGCCCUGCUGGGAGUGAUCGUGUUCGUCAGGACGUGCCUGUCGGUGAAAGCUCUGCUGCUCACCCUGGCUGUGGUGGUUUAUCUGGCGCUCUUCCUCUACGUGUACGCGCCGAGGUCCGGCUGCCUCGUCGACCUGCUCUACAACAACACAAAGCCGGGGGUUCUGAAGGAUCCUCAAAUCAUGUCCGGUGUUUGGUUGGUCAUCUUCUACGUCGUCGGCCUCAUACUGGCCAGACAGGACGAGCUCAGUUGCCGUGUGGACUUCCUGUUGGAGCGAUGCUUCCAAACAGAGCGAGAGGAGAUGGAGACCAUGGAGAACGUCAACAAGCUUCUCCUGCAGAACGUCCUGCCGCUGCACGUCACCUCCUUCUUCAUGGGCAAGACUGUGAGGAACCAGGACCUGUACAGCCAGUCGUACGACUGCGUGUGUGUGAUGUUCGCCUCCGUGCCUCAGUUCAAAGAGUUCUACAGCGAGAGCAGCGCCAACAGGGACGGACUGGAGUGUUUGCGCUUCCUCAAUGAGAUCAUAGCCGACUUUGAUGAGCUGCUCUCCAAACCCAAGUUCUCGUCGGUGGAGAAAAUUAAAACAAUCGGCAGCACGUACAUGGCGGCUGCGGGUCUGACACCUCCAGGGGAUGAAAGAAAGAAAUACGAGAUGUCCUACAGUCACGUUCGAGCCAUGGUGGAGUUUGCGUUCGCUCUGAUGGCCAAACUGGAGCUCAUCAACACACACUCCUUCAACAGCUUCAAACUCAGGAUCGGAAUAAACCACGGGCCGGUGAUCGCUGGAGUCAUCGGGGCUCAUAAACCUCAGUACGACAUCUGGGGGAACUCUGUGAACGUAGCGAGCAGGAUGGACAGCACAGGAGUGUUGGACAAGAUACAGGUGACGGAGGAGACGGCGGACUUGGUCCAGAGCAUGGGAUACGGCGUCACCCUCAGAGGAGUCGUCAACGUCAAGGGCAAAGGGGAACUCACCACCUUUUUUCUCAACACGGAUCAGGCGUCUGCUCAGUUCUGAACAGACGGGUGCAGCUAACCUGCCGACGACUCGGUUGAACAUUUGAACGGCAGCAGAGACUUCUGUGAGUUCACCCUCGUCCGUCUGACUCAUCAGAUUCUGAAGUAGAAUCGUUUACGUCCGUCGAGGAGCCGCCUCUGCCUUUCAGAUGAGACGCUGAAUAAAAUCCAGUUCAACGAAGACCCAGGACUUCAGGCGGAGAGCUGAGAGCUCCGUGUCUGUGCCCGCACAUGUGAUAAACCCAUGUUAGUGAACACGGUUAUUUUACAGGAAAGGAAUGAGAGGACCACAGAUUCCUGUUGUUUACGCCUCACAGCAGCAAAGUGAAUAUUGGAAUUUCUCACGUUAUUUACAUUCUGUUUUUUAUCGUGAAUCUGAGCGUGUUUGUAUUUUAAAUGUAGGAAACACAUUCUGUUUACAUGCAACAGUUCCCUGAUCUCCGUCUACUGGUUCCCAAACGAGAGGAGUCCCAGCGUAGGAAAGAAGAAAACUUUGUUCUGAUGCAGAAUUUUCUGUCUUCAGCCUAUCUGUGCUCUUAUUGUGAAAUGCUGUAUAGUUGUACCUGCUAAGCCCAACAGA